AUGAUUUAUCCUCCAAAGGUGGUGAAACCAACUCCGUUUGAUGCAGAGCACGCAUCGUCAAUGUCAGAGACGUCGCCACGUUUGGGCCGUGUUGCAAUACAUCCACUGAACGGUAUAAAAUGUCCACUGACAUCCACAAAUGGCAUCACUCCUGUAUUUGCAGAACUGAAGUACACCAAACAAAACAAAAUGAUGAAAAUCGUGAUCCUCAUCUCAGCGCUGGUAGCCAUUGCUGCAGCCAAACCAUCUCUAGUCAGUGCCCCCCUUGUGGCCGCCCCAGCACCAGUCGUCACUGCCACAAGCUCUCAAUACUACCACCGCAUUAACAAUGGCUUAGCUGCCUACGUUGCUCCUGCUGCUUACGUUGCCCCGGCAGCACCGGUUGUCGCUAGCGCGCCUUACAUAGCAUCCCCCUACUACGCACCUUCCGCCCCCUAUGUCGCCGCCCCUGCCGUCUACGCUGUUUAA